GCCUUGACCACAACUCACUUUCCUACUUCUCCUUUCUCAUUUCUCUACACCAUGGUUUUAGCCAAGGAAGACAGCUUGGUCUAUGGCUUCAAGCUUUCCUCGGUUGGGUCGGGGAAGAUUACGCCGGCGGAUACGGUUCACGUGCCAAGUGGCAUGGACUUGGCUAUGAAGCUCCACUACCUAAGAGGAGUCUACUUCUUCAGUAGUGAGGCAGCCGAAGGGCUAAGCGUCCUGAAAAUAAAGGAAACCAUCUUCGUCUGGUUGAUUGAACACUGGCGGGUGUUGGGCCGGUUCCGGAGGUCGGAAUCCUCCGGACGGCCCUUUGUUAAGUGUAACGACUGCGGGGCGAGGUUCAUUGAGGCUCAGUCUGAUAAGACCCUUGAAGAAUGGCUAGGGAUGGACUCGUCUAUCCACAAGCUGCUUGCUUCUAACCAAAUCAUUGGCCCUGAGCUGUUCUUCUCUCCUCCUGUUCUCUUCCAGUGGACUCGUUUUAAGUGCGGAGGAGUGUCAAUAGGGCUUAGCUGGUCCCAUAUUCUGGGAGAUGCCAUGGCUGCUUCAGAGUACUUCUUCAAUGGCUUGAGUCGAACCAUGACUGGUAAGGAGCCUUCACCUUACCCGGAAACAUCAAAACCAAAUAUUCAUCAACUCAAGCACCCUUCACCACUAGCCCUAAAAAAAGUGGAUUCAGUUGGUGACCACUGGAUCACACCCAACAACCACAAGAUGGAAACAUUCUCGUUGGUCCUCACUCCCACCCAGCUAAACAGCUUGGAGCUCAAGUUACUGGGUCAGAAUCCAAACCCAGCUGAAGAAAUCCCAACUUUCGAGCUCAUUUGUGGUGUUAUUUGGCAAUGUGUGGCAAAAAUGAGACAAGGGUCGGAGCCGAAAUUAGUCACAAUCUGCACAAAAGGUACUAAACCUGCAGUUGCGGAAUGCGGCAACAAUCAGAUUAUAAGCACAGUCGAGGCUGCAGAUGUUGCCGAUAUGGAUCCGAAAAGUUUAGCAGCAAUGCUGGCUAAGCGCGAGAGUUACGAGGAAACACAGAUAGGAGAAUUGGUGGAGAGCGAGAAUGGAGCGUCGGAUUAUAUUGUGUACGGGGCGAACUUGACAUUUGUGAACUGGGAAGGUUCAGACUUCUAUGGGUUUGAAGCUGAGGGACAUAAGCCAGUUUGUGUGAAUUACAGCAUACAAGGUGUUGGUGAUGAAGGAGCUGUUUUGGUUCAGCCAGGACCAAAUGGUGAAGGAAGACUGGUGAAUGUUAUUUUCCCAGAGAAAGAAGUUGUGGGGUUGAAAGCUGAGUUGAGAAAGAAUGAUCUUAUGCUUGAGAUCAAUAAUUAGGGUUUGAUUCUUCGGUGUUUCAAAUGUUAUGUGUGAUGUCAUUCCUGCUUAAUAAGGCCCAUAGUUAUGUAAUAAGUUUAUUAAGCUAAUAUAGUACUCUGUUUCUAUCAU